CUGUUCUGUCAUGGCGCUAAGUUUAAGAACAUGUAGUAUUUUAAUACUACUAAUUAUAAUAGAUAAAAUAUUUGAAAAUAUAUAAUCAAAUGAAAUGCGACUAAACGAACCACAUUUUCUGGCUUAUUGGAGUUGGAGAAACUAAGCCCGAAUCGAACCCAAUCCGCAAGAUAAUCAAACUAAUAAGUUUGGGCCGAGAUGGCAACAGUCAUGCACAACAUAUAUCUACACACGCACACACAGCUCGCUGGCGUUGAUUGUGCGUCGCGAUUAUCACGUGUUGACAACAAUAAUUUUUGGUAUCUGCGACGGCGCCAUGGGUCACGCUUUGAUAUAAAAGAGCAGAAUGCAUCUCGAGUUGCAUUUAGUUUCGAUUCGAGUAUUGCACUAGAACACGAGCAUGACUGCGAUGGGAAAUAGGAGACAAGCAUGGCUGCUGGCUCUGCUUGCUUUGACUGCAACUGCAACUCUGACUGCAACUGCGACUGCAGUGGAUCACGAGACGAUGCUGUGCGCCAAUGAUGACACGCCCAUCUGCGGGCGCAGUCAAGGCGCGUAUUUGCUGUUCAAGAACGAGUGUGAUUUGAGAAAUGCGCAGCGCGAGAAUCUCAUGGGCGGACCACUGUUUGAUGUCGCGCUGCACAAUUGUGUGCCCGGCUGCGACUUCGAGUGCGAUGCGGCAGUUCAGCCCGUUUGCGGUGUGAGCGUGGCUUCGGGCGAGCGCAGGAGCUUCAGGAAUCGCUGUGAAAUGAUGCGCGCCUCGUGCCGCAGCAAAUCCGACUGGCUGGUCCAGAUGUGGGGCGCCUGUCCCCGCGGCCAGCGGCAGCCCAAGCAGCCGGCGCACACGGUGCUCGUGGGCCAGCGCAGGCGUCGUCGCCGGCCCAUACCCUGCACGAACGUGUAUCGUCCGGUGUGCGCCAGCUAUGCGGGCGUCAAGUCGACCUUCUCGAACGAGUGUCUGGUCAACGCGGAGAACAUACGCACCAGAAGAAAUUGGCGCAUCAUCUCGGAGGGCAUGUGCGGCGAGGACAGCACCAAGAUGAAGCACAAUCGCAAGUGGAAGCCCAAGGCCGAGGCCAAGGCCAAAUCCAAGUCCGAGUCGCAAAUGGAGCGCAGCAAGCGCAGCCACAACCAGCUCAAUCAGCUGGAGGACGACUUCGAGCUGGCGGAGGAUGCGGUGCAAAUCUUUGCGCCCUCCACAUUUCACACGCAAUUCAUCAGCAACUCAGGCACCAUGGAGAAGAGCUACUCGCUGCCCGCCCGCCAGCCCCAUCCAACAGCCUGGCCCAAGGCCGGCCGUCUCUAUGGCAGCACAGCUAAAAUCCGCAAUGGAUAUGCUAGCGCGGCGGAGGGGCAGGAACAGGCGAGUUCAAAGCCGUGCGUGUUCAGUAAUGAACCCGUCUGCGGCAGUUUCAAUGGCGAGAGCCGCACGUUUGCCCAUGUGUGCGCUCUGAUGGAGCACAGCCAGGCGGCGGGCAAUGCAUGGACCGUUCUCUAUGAGGGCUCCUGCCGGCGCUGCGAUAAGCCCUGCCCCACCGUCUACAGCCCGAUUUGCGCCAAUCGCAAUGGCAUUAGCUACACCAUCAUCAACGAGUGCUAUCUGGAGCGAGUGCGCUGCAAGGACCCAAAUAGCGAUUGGAAGAUCACGCACAAAGGCGAGUGCGCACUGCCCGCCGAGGAGGUGGCCCACAGCCUACCCCCGCCCAGCCCGAAGCCAACAGCUCGCAUUCCCCACAUGCUCUACGCAGCCAAUCAGCCAGCCAGCAGCAGCAGCAGCAGCUCGACCUCAACCACAACCUCACCCAGACCAGGCGCAUUGACCUGGACAAGCACAGCUACUCCACGACCACAUCGCCUGCUGAGGAAAUUCAAGCGCCCGACGCCCACGCCCAAGGAUCUGAGCAAUCGCAAGAUACGCAAAAUCGAGCCACACAAUUUCGAAGGCUUCGAUGCGAACAGCUACGGCAAAGAUGCGCAGCCCAUUAAGGCGCCAGCUACAAGCAAACUGUGGAGCUCCAAGGAUAGCUGGCAGGCGACAGACAAUCUCAAGGACACGUUAACUAAGAGAGUCCACCACAAGAAGGCGCACGGCAGUGAGAAGUAUUCGCCUUACAACUGGCCUCUGCCUCUGGCCACGCCCCUGCUGCUGGCCACGCCCCUUCCUCUGGCCACGCCCCUGCCUCUGGGGACGCCCAUGCUCCUACCCACAACAACGACGCCGGCACCACUAAACACCCUGGAGGGCAUUUCGGACGCGCAGUUGCUUAAUUUUGAUCUCAGAUCUGCGGCCGAAAUCUUUGGCGAAAUCGAGGCCGACACAGAAAUACUCUUCAUGAUGGACAGCACAGCCGCAACAGCGCGAGCAGCCGCAACGGAGGCCACGACAAGUGCUGCAGCAGCAACAACAAGCACAGCUGCGCCGACGACCGCAUCACCCGCAACAACAACUACAUUUACUCUGCCCGCGACCACAACAACAGCAAAACCGACAAAAACAACAACAACAUCAACAAUAUCAACGACAACAACAACAGUUGCACCCAUCAGCUCUGAAGACACAACCGAAAACACAUCCCAAAAAGAUACGGAGGAAACUGUUACCAACAUUUCCACCAGCAGCAGCCUUGAUGAAGCCACCAGCGAGUUCCUUGAUCCAAGCACAGCGAAUGACACAGCGGCAGCAUCAACAACAGCAGCAACAACAGCAACAACAGCAACAGCAGCAACAGCAGCAACAUCAGCAACAUCAGCAACAUCAGCAACAUCAGCAGCAACAGCAGCAACAGCAGCAACAGCAACAACAGAAACAGCAGCAACAGCAACAAAUACUGCAAGCUCAAGCGAGAAAUCAACCACUCCAAACUUAGACUAUUUGUCGAUAUAUGGUCUGGAUAAGAACUCGCUGAUCAUGAAAUUGUUGCGGGCGAGAAGUGGUAAGAAUAUGGUCCUGUAAUCGACCUGUUAAACAUUUUUAACUGUAAGUUAGCUAACAAUUUUUAAUGGAGUCAGUGAUAUGAGUGCUCUGUAUGUUUUCUAGAUUUAAUAAAUUAUAUAAGCAA